CCACCGUACGGUUACGAUUGGUACCAACAAUUGUGUGAGCGUGAAAAAGAGAUUCAUGAAGAAUUAAAACAAAGAAAGAAAUGGAAAUCUGUCAUCGUAGCAAAGCAAAAAAGAAUAAAAGCUUUCGAAACAUUCAUCAAUAACACGUCAUCGAUUAAAGAUGAAGAUCAGGUCGACGACAAAAUAUUAGAAGAAGAAAACAGAUGGGAGAACAAAUUCCAGCAAGCUGUUGAAGACAAUGAUGACGACGACAAAUAUAUAGGUUAAUUGACAAAUUCGUAAUCCACGAUAAAGAUCAACAACCAACACACAAAAUUAGACGUCAAACAGCCACCAGGACAUAUAGCUUGGGUAAAGUGCUGCAUGAUGAUCAAGAUAUUCAGCAUACAAGUUUGGAGAUCACAAAAAAGCAACAAGAGUAAUUUGACGGGAAAAAUGCAACCAAGGGUCACAGUGGCGCUGGAGAGGCUUGGCCAUGCCGAAAUACCAGAACAACUUCUGGUUGAGCGACAAAGGCUGGAAAAAAUCAAUUCGGACAAGGCAAACGAGCUGCCGAGCGGACAACCAAUGGAGGUGGUCUCCAAUCAAAGGGACAUCCCGGGGAGCAGCAACAAUCUCCCGGAACCACCGAAGGCGCCAGCAAACACCAGCAGCAAUGAAGAUUGAGUGAGGUAGACCAAAGUCGUUAAUUGUGAGCCACAAAGCAAAAAACUGAACUGUAAUCUUAACCGUAAGACGGAUAUUAAUAAUCUUAUCUUUAUUGUCAAUUUUAGUUUCAUUUUUACUCAUGUCAGUCGUAGCUUUAAUUUAAUUUAACGUUUUUCUUUUAUAUUUAUUCUUUUAAAAAUUUUGUCAGUAUUAUCAUUUUAUAUUAUUAAAUUUUUUUUUUAUAAA